AUGAACUGUAUCUACGCCUUUCUUUUAUACACGUCGCAUUUCCAUCAUCAGGUGGAUCGAAUGGUUAUCACGGGCGACGAGAACUUUCCUCUAUAUGCCGUCUUUGAUCCUCCGUCUAUCGGCAACUUCCCACGGCCGAUCAGGGAAUCUAGUCUGUUCAAGGUGGAGGACAAGGAUCGGUUCUACGGCACACACUGGGCGAGAUAUUGCUCGUCACGAAUGGACCAUCACUCGAUAGUAAAUUUUGUCGUCAAGGAUUCGAAGCCAAUAACGUCAAGCUCGCCAUUGGCAUUUUUCAAUGAAGCUGUGCUGGAAGAUGCUUGUCUUGCAUACUUGCAGCAAGUUCAAGUUUUCAACAGACCAGAGGCUCCCAUCAAAUUUUCAGACUAUGCGAAAAACAAACCAUGCAGUGAAAAUUUAGUGGCGAAUCUAGCUUUCCAGCAAAAAAUAUCAGUAGUGGGACCGUAUCGUCAUUUUGUCCCGCUGCAAGCUAAUAGCUUGAUGAAGGUAGCAGCAGAUGAGCCGAUAAAAUUGAACAGACUAGUUCUCUACGGUCUUAUUUUCAAGGGAGAAAGCAUUUACAACAACAACCAAGCUCUUGCUUGGUAUCAAGGUCAUUUGCAUCUGAUAGAAUGGGACAAACAGAAAAGAAUGUGGUAUUUCCUGACGAACCUUCGGCCUGAGGCGCCAAAUGGAGCUCUGAUUGCCAGGUUUUUGGACGAUAAUUAUCCUACAAGUGAAAGGUCAUAUGAUAGUUUCGUCGCUGACUGCCUUGACAAAGAUCUACCAGUCUAUUUAGACACACAGAGUAGUAACUGCCCAGCUUCAGACGCCGUUGACCAUAGUUGCCUUACUCUAUUUAUGAGAGAGGGAGAGUUUAAAGCCUCACUUGCAAGGGGUCCUAUAGGUGCAGACCUUUCCCUGCCCUUUUAA